AUGUCGCUGCAAGGAAAGGUGUAUGCUGUCACAGGCGCUGGAAGUGGUAUUGGCCUCGCCACAGCCAAACUCAUCGCCGCCCGCGGCGGAAUCGUCUGUCUCGCCGACGUUGAUCUACAUCAGGCCGAAUCACAUUUCUCCGCCCAGGAUCCGCCUGUCGAGUUCAUGGCCACACAAGUCGACGUCUCGAACAGACAACAAGUCGACAACUGGAUUUCGGACAUCAAGGCCAAAUAUCAUCGUCUCGAUGGGGCAGCCAACGUUGCGGGGAUUAUUGGCAAAGACCACGGAGUCAAGUCCGUCGCGGAGCUUGACGACGACGAAUGGUUUAGGAUUUUGAACGUCAACCUCACAGGACUCAUGUAUUGCCUGAGAGCUGAGCUGAACCAUAUCAGUGAUGGUGGCUCCAUUGUCAAUAUGGCAUCGAUACACGCUACAACUGGGGUGGCAUACCAUGGGGCAUACGCCGCAAGCAAACAUGGUGUUCUAGGACUGACUCGCGUGGCCGCAAAGGAGAAUGGGCACCGCGAGGUUCGAGUCAACGCCGUUGCUCCAGGACCAAUCUACACGCCAAUGAUGCAGGGUCAUUGGGAUCAGGUCGGGCGAGCAUCUGAUGCUCCCUUUGAUGAUCCAAUUGCAUUCCAGCGGCAGGGUACGGCGGAGGAAGUUGCCAAGGUCAUUCUGUUCUUACUCGGGCCUGAAAGCUCGUUUGUCAGUGGAAGUUGUUAUUCUGUUGAUGGAGCAUGGAUAUAG